AUGAGCAACAAUAACAAUAACAGCGAACACUUAACGUCAUCAUCGUCGGUGAGUGAUUCCUUAUCAAUGUUUUCUUCGGGAGCAAACUUGUCGGAUCUUGGAAGUGGUUGUGAGGAGAGUGUUAUGGGAUUUUUGAGGGCAAGAGAUGUUGAUAAUAUGCAAAAGUUGAGGAGAGGAUUAACGAAGGAAACGUUACAAGACCAUGAGGAUAUUUUCAAGCAAAUAAUAGAUCACGGGUUUAUAUCUGCUGAUUUGAGAGGAACUAGAAAAUUGCCAGAAUCUUCUGAUAAUGAAUUUUAUCCUUUCCAAUCUCUUUGUAAUUUACUGAUGAAUCCGUUUGUUAUUCUUUCGGAAACAAUGAGAGCAGAUAUGAUCAAAAGAGCCCUUAAAUUGCCAAACAGUUCAAUUGAUACACCAAAUUAUGCCUUGAAAUUAAGUGCUUGUGUAGGAUGUCAAACUGUUGUGAUAGAUAAGGAAAUUAAACCACUCUUGAGAAAUCUCAUAAAUAUAGAAACAAAGGACUCACUUCUGAGUAAUAGAGCUUGUGUUGCCUAUGCAGCAGUUUAUCUCAACAAGUUGGAUUUGGAAACUGUUUUUGAUUUAUUAAUUCACCCUCAAUACCUUGUUCGACAAAAUAUCAAAGCUUGGAUUUUCAAACAAUUAUACGAAGAAGUAAUGAACAAGUCAGUUGAUCAGUGGAAGAAGGAUGUAAUUCCAAAAUUGAGCAAUUAUAUUGAUAAUGUAGAAUCUCCACCCAUAUCAAUGGUGAAGAAGGAUUUUUUAGCAGAUUUGGAAAAGUUCAGACAUGAGAAAACAGAAACUGGUUUCUCCAAAAUGAAUCAAUACCAAAUGCUAAGCAUUCCUAAUAUUGAAGAUUUGCAUGAAUUGGAAGAAUGGAAAAAGAGAGUCAGAAAAUCAAUUGAACAAUUGAAAGUGGAAGGUAAAAUACAAGUCUCUGAAGUGGAGACACAUUACCACAUUUGCAAGGGAGUUCUCUCACCUUACGAUUUGGAUGGUGAUGGAAUUUUAACAGAGAACGAAGCUCUCCAAUUAUCCUAUCUCAUCACAGACAAGCAUUAA